UUAGCGGGUGGGAGGUGCGGCUGGGUUGCCACAGCCAGAGCUGGGCGGUGGCGGGCGCUGCUGGAGGAGUCUCGCCGAGCUCGAGGCGGCGGCGCAAUGGAGGGACUGGAAGAGAAUGGAAGUGUUGUCCAAGUUGGAGAAUUGUUACCUUGCAAGAUUUGUGGAAGAACAUUCUUUCCAGUAGCAUUAAAAAAGCAUGGACCCAUUUGCCAGAAAACUGCCACUAAAAAACGGAAGACUUUUGAUUCAAGCAGACAGAGAGCUGAAGGAACGGAUAUUCCAACAGUAAAACCUCUCAAACCGAGGCCAGAACCACCAAAGAAACCAUCUAAUUGGAGAAGAAAACAUGAAGAAUUCAUUGCCACCAUAAGAGCAGCUAAAGGCCUUGAUCAGGCCCUCAAAGAGGGUGGCAAACUUCCUCCCCCUCCUCCACCUUCUUAUGAUCCUGAUUAUAUUCAGUGUCCAUAUUGUCAGAGGAGAUUUAAUGAAAAUGCAGCUGAUAGACAUAUAAAUUUCUGUAAAGAACAGGCAGCACGUAUUAGUAAUAAAGGCAAAUAUUCUACAGAUACCAAAGGAAAACCAAUGUCUCGGACACAGUAUAAGCCACCUGCACUUAAAAAGUCAAAUUCUCCUGGAACUGCAUCAUCAGGAUCUUCACGAUUACCGCAGCCAAGUGGUACUAGCAAAACUGUUGCAGGUAUACCUUCAGGUAAAGUGUCUUCAAAUACCAGCUCUUUGGGAAACAAACUUCAGACCUUAUCUCCCUCUCAUAAAGGGAUAGCAGCCCCUCAUGCAGGAGCUAAUGUCAAACCUCGAAAUUCCACACCACCUAGUUUGGCAAGAAAUCCGUCCCCAGGUGUGCUUACAAACAAAAGAAAAACAUAUACUGAGAGCUACAUAGCCAGGCCAGAUGGAGACUAUGCAUCUUCCCUUAAUGGUGGAAAUAUUAAAGGCAUUGAAGGAAAUUCACCUGGAAACUUACCAAAAUUCUGCCAUGAGUGUGGGACUAAAUACCCUGUAGAAUGGGCCAAGUUCUGCUGUGAAUGUGGCAUUCGAAGAAUGAUUCUAUGAAUAGAAUCUCAAAAAAAAAAAAAAGCCAAAUUCGGAGUUUAUGAUUAUUGCUGCUUAGACAGCUAGAGCAGUCACUUCCUGUAGUUAUUUUGUGCUAAAAAUACUCAAAAUACCAUUUCCAGUAAUUUUGGAGCAUAAUCUUUUGGCUAUAUAAUGUGUAUGUAUUUAUAUGUGUACAUAUACUGUAUAUAAUAAAUAUCUCAUAUCCCAGACUGUGCCAUUCAAGGAAAUAUCACUUAUCACUCAGAAAAUAAUUUCAAAUGGAAUGAUUAAUUUAGGUGUUACUUUUCUGUUGUUAAAGUGCAUUAAGUACAUUUCCAUAAACUCUCAUACUCUAGUACUUAGCCCUUCAAGCUUUAGGAUAAUUAUAACUUUGAGCAAAAAAUUUGAAUAAACAUUUGUGUCUAUCUUAAGAUAGUAUCAUAGUAGGAUAGAUGCUGGGAAUUUUGUAAUUAAAGAGAAUCGUUUUAGUUACCAUUAGGUAUGUAAGGUCACUUUCCUGUAGAGCAUGUCAACAACUUAUUUUAUAAAUCCUAAAAACUAAGAGAAAAAACACUCCUCUAUUACUUAUAUAAUUCAAACAUCUUACUCAUUUUGUAAAAAUGUAAUUAUGCAACUUCCUUUUCAAAAACACAAGACUAAAAAUACAAAUCCAUCUUACUUUAUUUAUAACUGAUUUUUUUUACUUCUGUAUGUAUUAGUUGAUCAUAUUUUUUUACUUCCAACUGUUUUUCCAGAUUUCACUUUUUUCUUCCUUUUUCAUAACCUGUGAAGAGUAGUUUUAAUUUGCUAGUUCAUUUUUUGCUGUAUUUGAAAAUGUAAUUAUUUAGUAUAGAAAGCACAAAAUUCCCAGCAAAAUCUUACAUGUUUAAAAACAUUUAAAUUUUUGUAUCUGAAUUUAGAAUGAAUUAUUUUAAUGCAUUUUGAAACAAAUCACCUCACCUAAUCAUAAUAGUUGUGGUAACUAAUCAUUAGUGCAGAGCAUGCAGAUAAAAAGUAUUUGAAUUUUUUUUUCUGGAAGUAGAUGUAGUUAUGAGUAGGUUAAGAGAAUAUCUAAUUUUCCUACUCAUAGUUUCUUUAAUGUAUAAUGUUGAAACACCAUUCAUGUCACAAUAAGGACCCAUUAAAAAUGUAUUGUUUUAAUGCGUAAUUUACUUAUCUAAUUCAACAUACACAAAAAUUUAAUUAUUUUUUCUCUUUAAUCUGACCACAAUACAGCUCUUAAUCAUUGUACUUUCAGUAUAGCAUAGUAAUUAGUAGUAGAUUUCCUUGAUGGCAGCAAUUCUGUAAUUUCUGUUCAAUCAAACGUAAGAGCUUUGAUCUUACUAUAAGGUACAAGCAAAUCUUUUAUAUAAUUCCUAGGUUUUGUUUAUGAUUCUGAUCAACUGUAAGUCACAGUGUAAAGAUUUGUGGCUUACAUUUUUCUAAAAUUUAUUAACUUUUUAUUUUGGGCAGGAGUUAUAAACUUAAUAGGAAUUGUCAUUUUACUUACCUUAUAGUUUCUUUCCUGGCUUUUUACUAGUAUUUUACCCCCAGUUAUCUUUAUUCAGUUGUAUUGGUCAAAACAAAUAGUCCAACUGAAAUAAACUGUAAUGAAUUUAGAAGACGAGUGCACAUAUUAGAUUUCCAUUUCAAUCACUUCUGUCCUUUCAUAAAUCAUAUGAAGAACUUGAAACUCUUGUUUUAUCUAAGGCUAAGCACUGCUUUUUUCCAAAGUAUUUUUUUAAGACCACAUAAUUUUUUUGUCUGCUCAAGGAAGGGAUAGAUAAGUAAUUGGCACAUAUUUGUUUCUCACUGAAUUUUACAGUAGUAAAUAAACGUUAUAAUGUACCACAUGGAGAUGGGCUGGUAAGAAAACAUCCAGUUCCAGAGCCCAGAGAUUAUUAUAAACAGUGGGUGAAAUAGAUUUAUGACUCUUGAAAUAUGUUGUGACAAUGUAUUUAAAUGCAUUUUUAUAUUACUUGCAUAUUUUAUUCUCACACUGAUUUAUUGUGCAAUAGUUCAGUUUUUUAAAAACUCGUCCUAUGCAUCAUGUAUUUUAUUUUUAUUUAUUUUCACAAGUAUUUGACAGUAUGGUAGAAAAAAAAUGAUUGUAAGCUUAAAAAUGUAAAAAUUGCUUAUGUAUUAUUCUGAAAUGCAUUAGGUUGAAGACGUAAGAUGAUAUGGUGACUAUUAUUUCUUGUCCACUAUAUGUUUGUUUUUUCACCAAUGUCUUCAUAUUUGAAACUAUUCAAUAAAGACAUGAAACAUAAAAA